AUGAGCCGGGGUGGAGGGAGCGUCGCGAGCCUCUGUGAGCGAUGGGGCGAAGAGGGGGUGCGGCAGCGAGAUAAGGCAGAGCACUUUUGCGCAUCUCGACCUUUGGAUGCGCUCUCUCCCUGCGGCCGCCCAUGGCAGGUGAAGAGCAAGAAGGGGGUUCUGACGACGGCGGGAGCACGCUACGAGGUCACAACCUAUCGGAGGGUUUGUCGGCUAGCGCCGGGACGCGAGUCAGCUUGUUGCAUGGUAGCCUACGACGGCCGGGAGGACGGCAUCUUCAACUUCUCCGGCACCAACCUCAUCUCGCACGGACUCCUCUUGCGCAACCACUUUGCCGCAGCUCUGGGGGCGGCCCACAGUCUCAACUUUGAGGCCGGUGACAUGGCGACAAGGUGCCUCGAGGGGCCUAGCGUUUCUAGGAUGGACGACCGGGUCUUCGACUCGGCCAUGCAAGCCUUCAACGACCUGGCGGCACGGCCUCGGAUCCAACACGUCUGCUCGCGUGUCGACUGCGCGCACUUGUACACGAGCGAGGUGGAGGCGGCCGAGGCGGAGGCCCAAACGGCUGGCAACUCUCUGAGGCCGGAGCGAACGGAGGGGGCGAGCUCCGAGCUGGCCACAUAUAUUUUUGGGCGGGACAAGGUCAUCACCUUUGAUGGCACCUUCUUUGCCAACUCGAGUGCGAUGAGGGAUUCCAGCAUCGAGGCAUCCUUGCACAGCAUCUGCGAGCCCGAUCCGAAAGCGCCGAGGGUGGCUGGGGGCUUCACUCCUCUGAGCGUGGGCGGGGUGCGGCCAUCUGACGUGCCGCUGGAGGGAAUCGACUGCCCUUGGAAGUACCGGAACGGCCUCUCAGAGCUACGGCCGGCCGUGCGGGCGCUGGCCCUUCGUUGGUGCAACUUUCGCAAGGCCCCGGCCCACGGGAGCAACGCGCCUCUGACGCCGGACGAGUUCGUGGCCAUGCGGGAGGAGCUUCCGGCCAACGUUGCCGCUCUGGUCGACUUUGUGAUCGAGUCGGGGGCUUGUGCCAAUCCCACCACGUGUGCGGUCUGCCUGGGGGUGCCACGGCGGCCGUGGAUGCAAGGGUUUCUCAAGGAGGGGCCCGUGGGGCCGACCGGCUGGUGCCCCACGCACUUCCAGCCAUACGGAGCCCUCCUCCACGCGCUGCUCAUCCCUCGCUACUCCUGGGUGUUUGGGCGCAUCGUCACCCUGAAGUUGCUGAGACACGUGUUGCUGGAGGGUCCUCUCGAUGCGCGAGGGAUGGCAUUUCUCUCCAAUGACGGCCCCAUGCUAGCGGCCGUCCUGCGCCUCCAUCCAGUUGCCGGCGGACAGUACGCAUUUCCAGCAACGCUGCGGCCGCUCGUGCGUGACAUCUAUGCCACGAACCUCCUCUGCUUCGAGCCCAGCGCAAACCGGCCGGGUCCAGCCUUGCGAUCGCCACUGGCCGCCCUCCAUGAUGCGACCGAGCACCUCUGGGCAAUCGAAGGCGAGAAGCUGAGGCUUGCGGGUCAGCUAGAGGGGGCGGCCAUGGAGUAUGCCGAGCAACGUGGGGCGGCAUUGAAGGGGGCUGCCAACUCGCUUCUGUUCGAGCUCGAGGUUUGA